AUGGCGGCGUGCGGCUACUUUGGUCAAGAAGGAAAGCACGACAGACGCUGGCUUGCUGGUAGCGUGUCCAGUGCAAGAUACUAUCCGAUUAGACUAGAGGGCCACUCGAACCGAAUUCGGCGCUUCCCAGGAGGAUUACCACCGGUGUUCCCGAACGGUUGGAUCCCGAUACUCGAAUCUUCAAAGUUGGAGAAGAACAAAGUCAAAUUCAUCAAUGCGAUUGGCAUGGAACUUGUUGCAUUCCGAACCCAAGAUAACGUGCCUCACGUCAUGGACGCUUACUGCCCCCACCUGGGUGCUCAUUUGGGAACCAUGGGCCGCGUGACGGGGGGCUGCAUCGAGUGCCCUUUUCACGGCUGGAGGUUCAGAGCAGAAGACGGAGUCUGCACCCACGUGCCGUAUGCUAGCAAAGUGCCGGAGUUUGCGAAGGUCAAGACGUGGCUCUGUCGGGAGUUGCUGGGUUUCAUAUUUGUCUGGCAUCACGCCGAGUGUGAACCACCGUCCUGGGAGGUGGAAGAUCAGCCAGAGAUUAGCAACGGUGCAUGGAUACAGACAUCGCGCUUUGAAAGACGGGCCCUCUGCCACGUUCAAGAAAUUUCGGAAAAUGGAGCGGACAUUGGUCACCUGAGCGCAAUCCACAAGCCUUCGACUUUCGUUUCCACCGAAGAGUUCGCCCGUGAUGCCGGCCAGUCGUGGAAAGGACGUCUCAUGUCCUACCGCUUCGACGCUGCGUGGUCUUCACAAGGAACUACUGCUAGAACUGACCUUACUAUCUACCCUUCUGUCAUGGGACUAGAGAUAAAACAGUUCGUCACAGAAGGAUACUUCAGGGCACUGGGACCAGCCCUGAUUUUGUUCCGCGCUCGAACAGUGUUCGGUGGCUUCAUAACUGUCAUGGCUGUGACACCCAUGGGACCACAAGAACAACGACUGAUCCAUCUAACGUACACUGAGCCUAGGAUGCCAUGGAUUAUGCGAAAGUUCUUUGAACUUGGAAACCGAAGAAUGAUGGAAAGAGACAUCAUUGUUUGGAACAAAAAAAUUCGCCUCAGGAACCCUUUGCUGGUGAAGGAGGAGCAUCCCAUUACGGCUUUCCGCAAGUGGUACUCCCAGUUCUACAGCCUCCAUAGUCCGACGUGGAAGGAUGUCAUGGAUAACACAAUGACGUGGUGA